GCGCUUGGAUCCUUUUCUCGCGCAUAACUCCGAACGUUCCCGGAGGACUUGGACGCUGUUCUGCAUCUGGGGAAUUUCUUCAUGCAUUCUUUCGCCAGAACAGGCUGGAGACGUGAGCCCCGGGAACAUGGAACUGGCCAGUGAGAAACUACGGAAGGAGCUGGAGGAGGAGUUGAAACUCAGUACUGAUCAGCUGCGCGGCCACGCUUGGUACCACGGCUGUCUGCCACGGAAGGAUGCGGAGUCCCUGCUACAGGAGGACGGAGAAUUCCUGAUCCGCGACUCGCGGUCCAGCACGGGAGACUACGUGCUCUCCUGCUUCUGGAGCGGCCAGGCCCUGCACUUCAAGAUCAUCCGGGUGGUCCUUCGUCCCAGGAAGGGUUAUUCCCGCACCCUCUUCCAGUUCGAGCAGGAGCAGUUCGACAACGUGCCGGCCUUGGUGCGUUUCUACGUGGGCAACCGGAAGGUCGUCUCGGACUCCUCGGGAGCCGUGGUGUCCCGGCCUGUCAACAGGACUGUGCCGCUCCGUUGGCUGGAGGAACGCUACAGCCAGCCCCCUGGACCCAUCAAGAAGGACGGUGCGCCCGCUCGACGGUUCAGUUUCCGCACAGCCAGUGAGGAAAUGGUGGAGGCGAACCUGCUCCGGACCAAAGACCGCAGCGGGAGUGACCCCAGCAGCCUCGACCAGCUGGACCGGAAACCCUCCCUGCCCUCUGCUCAUUCAGACAGCAACUUGCUGACCGGCAGUCCAGAACCUUCCCCCGGGGCCCAAGACCGCAACUCUCUCCCUCCUUUGUCUCCUGUCUUCCGCACGGGCAGUGACCCCAUCCUUCGGCCGAAAACCCCGACCUCUCAUGCCCAUGGGGGCCUGGCGCUGAGUGGCUCUGAGGGGCGACUGCAUUCCAAGGCCCCUCCCAAACCCCUCCGUGCCCCCUCCGUGCUGGUGAGCGACUACUGUGAACUGGUCCCCAGAGCCCCCGAAGGCCCCCGAAGUCACGUGGAACGCCUGCAGGCGGAGGAGAGAUGGCGCGGCCGGGCUCACAUCACAGAGACCACUUUUGGGUUCCUGGACUCGGACGGGUCUUUGCCCUCUCCCCAGACGGGGGACGCGGUGGAGGAACCGGGGUUUGAGCGGCCCCUCCUGGAGACCGUCUCCUCCUUCCAGCCCCGCCUCUUCCGCUCGCUGCUUUUGCCGCCGGACAAUAAGCCCUUGGACCCCAAGGCCCUCCGAAACCUCAAGAGCCUCUUUGCCCAGCACGACUGCCGGACGACGGCCUUUCAUAUCCUGCAGGUGGACUGUCAGGCCGCCAGGAUCACGGGAGUCUCCAAGGAGCAGCGGCAGGCCAUGGGGGUCGGCUCAGGCCUGGAGCUCAUAACGCUUCCUCAGGGGCAGCAGCUGCGGAAGGACUUGCUGGAAAGGCACCACCUGAUCGCCCUGGGCAUUGCCGUGGACAUCCUGGGCUGCACGGGGGCUGUGGCCGAGCGGGCCGCUGCCUUGCACAAGAUCAUCCAGGUGGCUGUGGAACUCUGGCGCUCAGCGGGGGACCUCUUUGCCUUCUCUGCCGUGAUGGAGGCCUUGCAGCUGCCCCAGAUCACGCGGCUAGAACAGACAUGGCGGCACCUGCGCCAGAACCACACCCAGAGCGCCAUUGCCUUCGAGAAGGAGCUCAAACCCCUUUUGGGGCGCCUGAACCGGGCCGAAGGCAACGUGGUGCCCUCGCUGAAGGAGGUGUGCGUCCCUCCCCUCUUGCCCCUUCUGUGCCUCAUGGAAGGAGAAGAGCGGUGGGGGGAGAGCGAGGAGACCUGUGAGGUCCUCUUGCGCGUCCUGGAGGCUGCCCGCUCCAUCGCUACCAACGCCAGCAUCUUCCGUGCCAACGCUGAGGCGAAGCUGCAAGGGUUCCAGGCCUCCCCUGAGCUCUUGGAAGCCUUCAAAACCGAGUUUGCCCUGCUGCUGUUCUGGGGCAGCAGAGGGGCCGAAGCUGACAGGACCGAGCGGCACAGGAAAUUCGACCGGAUCCUGACUGUUCUCUCCCAGAAACUGGAGUGAGCCCUGC